AUGCAGAAAGUGUGCGACAUGCAUCCUCCUCAGGUUGUAAGGAGCGAGUUUUUGAGCGCAAUAGGAAGCCCUGCGCUAGAAAAAAUAGAUAUCAAGCUGGGAAAGCAUGUGGAAAGCAGAGAUCUAUCAGAUAGCAUCGCCUGGAGGGCAGUUAGAGGACUCAGGAUGAUAGCGGACACUAUCUUCUACAAGAGAUACGUGCAUCGCGCCAUCGUAUUGGAGACCGUGGCCGCCAUUCCCGGGAUGGUAGGGGGGAUAAUUCGCCAUUUAAGGUCGCUGAGGAACAUGGAGGAUGAUGAGAACAUUCGCGUACUGCUGGCUGAAGCGGAGAAUGAAAGAAUGCACCUGAUGACGUGGAUGGAGGUCGCUAAGCCUCUGCUCAUUGAAAGACUAAUCGUGCUGGGGCUGCAGGGAGUGUUUUUUAACGCAUAUUUACUGGUGUAUGUGGUAUCUCCAAAAACUGCGCACAGGUUCGUAGGGUAUUUGGAAGAAGAAGCAGUGGUCUCGUACACGGAGAUGAUAUCAGAAAUAAAGUCCGGGGUAAUUGCAAAUGUCGAUGCCCCGGAGAUAGCCAAGAAGUACUGGAACUUGAAGGAGGAUGCAAAGCUUCUCGACGUGACCUUAGCUAUUAGAGCAGAUGAAGCCAUGCACAGAGACACAAACCACGACAUAGCCAAUGAGAUAGCAGAGGGAAUAGAGUAG